AGAGAGGCUGCUCCAGGGCCGCACUUCCGGCCAUCUCCCUGGGAGACGCGCAUUGUGGAGUCGGGAACAGGCAGUACCAGUUAGGGUCUCCGGUGGCCGGGACCGCUGUACCGGCCCCGCGGGCGGGAUGUUCCGGGGUUUGAGCAGUUGGCUUGGCUUGGAGCAGCCGGCGGCGAGUGGCCGGCAAUCUGAGGGAGACGGGCAGGUCGAGGGAGACGCUCCACCCCAGCAGUGCUCCGAAGAGGUGUCAGAGUCGGCAGAGGAGGAGCCGCGGCAAGCGGGGGACCAGGAACUCCUUCAUCAGGCAAAAGGCCUCGGCAACUAUCUGUUUAGCUUUGCAACUGCUGCUACAAAAAAGAUAACUGAAUCAGUUGCUGAAACCGCACAAACAAUAAAGAAAUCAGUAGAAGAAGGAAAGAUAGAUGACAUCAUUGAUAAGACAAUUAUAGGAGAUUUUCAGAAGGAACAGAAAAAAUUUGUUGAGGAACAGCUUACCAAAAAGUCAGGUAUGAUACAUGUUUUUUGUACACGACGUACUUACCUGCCAGAUUUUAUUGAGCACCUGUUAAUGUGCCAGACACCACACUAAGGCUCUGACAAUACA